CUAGUACUGAGGAUCAUGUGAUUACUGAUUGAUUGCAACACAGUUGGAAGCUGGUAAAAAGCAGGAAUCUCAGAGUAAGCGGAGGUGUAGGCAGAAGAGGAAUGUGUGCAUUUUGGAUGACACCCUACACUGCAGUGUGUAUUGGACUGGGGGAGACACUGCAGCACCUCUUCAAGGGCAGCAGGACGGAUGCUCUGCACUGGGAAUAAUGCGCCGUAUGCAAGGCAUUGAUGAUGUGGAUUAUCAUUCAGACAUGGUUCAGGAUUAAUGAUCAUUUUCUGCACUGAAACAGCAUGGGCAUCUCUGUCUCGCUAGCUGUCUACAUUGUCAUCGAAGUGCUGAUUGCCCUCAUUUCUGUGCUUGGAAAUAUACUGGUGAUCUGGGCGGUGAUUGUGAACCAAGCACUUCGAGACACCACUUUCUUCUUCAUCGUGUCACUUGCUGUUGCUGAUAUUGCUGUAGGGGCGCUGGUCAUCCCUUUAGCCAUAAUAAUUAGUAUUGGACUGGAGACGGAAUUUUAUAGCUGCCUGAUGGUGGCUUGCAUUAUGCUAAUCCUGACCCAGAGCUCCAUACUUGCACUACUGGCCAUUGCUGUGGACAGGUAUCUUCGAGUAAAGAUCCCAACAAGUUACAGAAGUGUUGUGACGGCUAGAAGAGCCGUAAUUGCAAUCACAGGAUGCUGGGUCCUCUCCUUCAUUGUUGGUCUGGUUCCCAUGUUUGGUUGGAACAACAUAAACUAUUUAAGAAGACAACAUAACUCCACCUAUGGUGAAAUCAUCAUCACUUGUGAAUUUGAAACCGUGAUCAGUAUGGAAUAUAUGGUCUACUUUAAUUUCUUUGUCUGGGUCCUUCCUCCACUUUUCCUUAUGUUAAUAAUUUAUUUGGAAGUGUUCAACUUAAUUCAAAGACAACUAAAUAAAAAGGUAUCUUCCAGCUCUAAAGAUCCUCAAAAAUACUAUGGAAAAGAACUCAAAAUUGCCAAGUCAUUAGCAUUAAUCCUGCUAUUAUUUGCUUUAAGCUGGUUACCUCUUCAUACCUUGAAUUGCAUUACGUUGUUCUGUCAGACUUGUAACACGCCAAUGAUCAUCACUUAUAUAGCCAUCUUCUUGACCCAUGGAAAUUCCGCCAUGAACCCCAUUGUCUAUGCAUUCCGCAUUGAAAAGUUCCGGUCUACAUUUUUGUAUAUCUGGAAGAAAUAUUUCUGCUGCAAAAGCGGAAGGGAACUUAACAGAUCAAAUACUAUGAACAUUGAGCGAUCAUGUUCAAAAAAUGUCAUCUAAAAUAGGGUUCUGUUUUAUACACCAGUACUCCAAAUAAAUAACCACUUCUUGUUCUGAUGUCCCAGUUUAACAAUAAAUGACAGUUUAAAACCUG